AUGAAUACCGAAUUGAUCAAUGAUUUUGUUGGUAAAUAUAACCAAAUGAAGAGACAAUCGAAAUGGCAACUACCAUCAAAUAAAUAUGCUGAAGAUAUCAUUUUUGAAUAUGCCAAAAAUUUAAGUUAUGAGAGUCCAACUCAUAGUUUUAUUAUCGAUACCGAGAACAAGAAUAUAAAAGAAUUAUUUGAAGAUGAGGAUUGGUGUUAUAUAACAAGUCACAAUUUAUCAUCUAAUCCACAAAUUGAUGACGAUCUGAUGAAUCAUAUAUUUAAAUAUAGAAAGGUUGAAACUCAUCAAAUGCGAGAAGUUAUCAACUCAGGAUUAAAUAUUGUAUCUUAUGAUGCAAGAAAACACUAUAAUCAUCAUUACGUACAUCAGGUCUUCUCAAAUCUCCUUCCAAGAUAUGAGCUUCGUCAGAAAGACUUUACAAGUUCACAUAUAGAAGGUUGGUAUCUAACCAACAUCUGGAGUGUGAUAAUUGAUUUAUGUCUUGUAGAUAUUGAAGAAUUAGAAUUUAUCCGUGGUGAGGGAUGCUCGAGGGCUUCAAGUGAGAGAGAAAAUCGCGGUAGAGACAACACUAAUAUAAGAAUGCAGUUUGGAAGAAGAUGUGAUGGAAUAGGUAGGGUACUAGGAUCAAUUGAUGAAUUUGCAUUAAGUGAAGAAGGAAAAAAUUGGGAAGGAGAGACAGCUAGUAAAUAUUUGUUGGAUAGAGGCUUAAAGGCUCCAAAAAUCAUGAAAGACAUGAUUCAGCAAAAAAUUAAUAAAGUUGGAAUUGAUUUUGUAAAAAAAAAUCAUAUUGAAAUAAUUGGAUUUCACCAUGCUGUGUCCACUAUGUUACAAGCUCAACAUCUUAAAAUACAUGUCAUGGAUGUUCCAGCUGGUUAUGUUUGCAGACUUCGAAGUUCUUGCAGAACAAAAAUACCAUCAACUCUACUAGAAGUGGAUGAAUUAAUUACAAUGGUUAACGAAGUUUUAAUUGCAAAGGAUAAAGAAAUCUUAAAUAAAAUUAAUUUUGUAAGUGAUGAUGGUUUCAAAAAACAUUUAAGAGAAAGAACAAAUUUUCAGGAAGAAGAUUAUGAAUUUUUUGAUUCUCAAAAAUCAUCAAAAAAACCAAAAACCAAUAUUGAUUACUUUAAUAAAGAAUCAAUAUUUAGUGAUGAUUUGAGUGCAACAACAUUUGAUAGUUUUUUUCAAACAUACGAUUCAAAAGCACAUCAAAAAUACGAAAAGCUUGAAAAUAGAGACUUCAAAGGCUUUUCUAUACCUCAGGAUGAAAAGGAAACAAUUGCUAUUGAACUUCUAAUAAAUUUGAUGAACAAAAUCAAUGAUGACUUUACAAAAAGUCAUGUAUUAUCAUUUAAAAUUAUUGAAUCAAUAAAACAAUUUGGAUGGCAUGAUAUUGACCCAUUAGCAAACAUCUCUACAACAACUGCAUAUGAAAAAUUAAGACAAGUAACUACAAUUAUAUAUUUAUUUCAGUAA